GUUCAGAAGUUACGGUCACUCGAGUGAUCAAGUUGGGUAAAUCCCCGAACCAAGAUGGGGAAUCUGCUGUUGAUCAUGUCGCUACUGGUGGCGGCACUAGCAUUCGAGGUCAGUGCCAUCGGAGGAUGUCCAGAUGGGAAGGGCGUCUGCGUCGAUAGCCGAUACUGCAAGGGAGACCGAUGGAGCAGUUCCAAAAAGCACAAGUGUUUCCUGCCGAAUAAGAAGCGUGGAGUUUGCUGCGAUGGGUGUAAGACGACUAGGGGAGGACCAGGAAUAUGCGUUGCCCCUGAAAAGUGUGAAAGUUACACGAGAGAUUUUUUAUUAGACCGAAAGACGCUCAAUGAAGGCCAGUGGUGGAAGCAGCCCUCGGGAGUGUGCUAUGAGACAAAGAAUACGAAAUUUUACUGCUGUCCAACUGAGCUGCAGAAGCCAGCACCAAGGUUGAAGCCAAAAGCGAGCGCCAAGUCUUGGGCUGAUAACGGUUUCCCACCAUGCCAAACGCCCACAAACCACCCAGGCCGGUGUGUUCCCCUGCAUCUAUGUGACGAUUUGUAUGAUCAGUUCAUGUUCUAUAAAACUAGAAAACUGCAUAAACAGAUCUUGGAUAGUAAAUGUUCAUCGAAUACCGUAAACAGUACUUCCGUGUGUUGCCAGAAUCCAUCGAACCCUGAUGGGCUCAUCCGACACAAUAAGGCAAAAAUGUUUGACCUCCACAAGUGCGGCAACAUAUCCAUGACAGAUAGGAUCCUAGGAGGUACCGUGGCCGAUCUGGGACAGUAUCCCUGGAUGGCGAAUAUUAUGUACUACCGGAAACAUACAACUAGGUACGGCACGGAGAUGAGAAAGGUUACUCUAUGCAGCGGUUCGUUGAUCCACCCGAAGUAUGUGCUAACGGCAGCCCAUUGUAAUAAACAUUAUCGUCCUAUAUCCGUUCGGCUAGGCGAGUACGACCUGAGUAAGAAGAAGGAUUGCGUGGGCCAUGUCUGCGCACACCAAUUCAUAGAGCGUACUAUAGAGAAGUGGAUCACACAUGAGAAGUUUUCUGGAUGGACAGGAACGGCUGAUAUAGCUCUGGUGAAAUUGGGAAUUGCGGCCAAGAUCAUACCGGGGCAAAUUUCGCCAAUUUGCCUUCCACUAACCGAACAGUGGUUGAUGACGAAGCCUUCACAGCUGACUGCUAGUGGCUGGGGACAAAUGGGAAAUCAGCGAUAUUCCGAUGUAAUGAUGCAUGCGCAACUUCAGCUCGUGGAUUGGAAUGAGUAUUGUCGGUAUGAGGAUCAGAUUUGCGCUCGAGGCGCAGACAUGGAAGGACACUGCCGCGGCGACUCUGGAGGGCCAUUGCAGCAGAUAGUGCGCUUGGGCAGGAAGUAUCGGAUGGUGCUGUUUGGAGUGGUUUCCGGUGGUGCUUACAAGUGCAGCAAGGCAGAUAAAACGUCGGGGGUUUCAAUGUUGGUUGGAUACUAUUUGCGUUGGAUACUGGACAAUAUGGAAAUCUAGAAUCUAAAGCCAUAGCUGCGGAGUCGGAUCUAAAGUGAUCGACUCCUCUGAUUUGAAAUCACCGAUUCCGACUCCGAGCUUAAAAAAAAGGUUGUGUCCAAAGCACGA